AUGUCGGUCGUUUCUGCUUUCGACGAAAAUAUUGAUUAUGAUUCAAGCUUCGAAGUUGUCGAAGAUGAACAGUUGAAAUCCGAAAGUUUCCAAUUUGUGAUAACGAAAGGAGGAGAAACAAACACAAUUAACAUUGAAUCAGCUGAGGACUCCGCCCCAAUCCUCACUUCCAUUAUCGGCAAAUGGAAACCAAUUUCCUCUGAUAACCUCGAAGACUACUUCAAAAGGAACAACAUGACAGAACUCAACGAAUUGGCCUGGCAACAUGGAAUCGUCUGCUACGAACUAAAAGGAGGACUUCUUCAUGUCCACACAGAACUUCUCAAUAAGAAGCUGAGUGCAUCUGUCUUCAAAUUGAAUGAUACAGUUAACAGUGGACACAAUUCUGUGGUUUCUCUUGUGGAGAAUAACUCUUUGAACACUGUUUGCACCCAUCCAUCUGAAGACGGAAAAGAGUUAUGGAAGGUGGAGAGAUUCAUCAAGAACGGAAAAUUAGUCAUCAUUAAUCAGCAUGGUGGAUUCAAAUGCGAGAGAACUUAUCAACAGGUCUAA